AUGGGCUUAUUUCUCAAUAAGGUCAUGGAAUAUCUGAUAGGGGGUGAUUUAUCAUCACUAUUACAAUGCUUUGAGCGUUUUGAUGAAGAUAUGGCGCGUAUGUAUACAGCUGAGGUAGUAUUGGCUCUCGAAUAUCUUCACAACAAUGGGAUCACCCAUCGCGACUUGAAACCCGACAACAUGCUCAUUACCUCUGAAGGACACAUAAAGCUCACUGACUUUGGCCUCUCGAGGAUCUCAAUUCCGGAGAAAAGUAGUUUGCCGUUUGUGAAGGAGGAAGGUGAUUCAAACGAUCGUGUUGACAAAAAACAAUUCACAAAAAGUCUAAGAACUGGUGGUGCAGAAUCUCGUGGUUCUCAUCAACGUCCAGUUUCCGCAAUAUUCCCUAAUGAAAGCUCUAAACGCAACUUUUACGGUUUGAACUCAAAUAUAUUAUCCAAUAUAUCGUCUCAACAAACAUCCUCGAAAUCUUUCAAAAGACAAAAUCGUCAGAGUUCAAAGGCUCUACUAGGUACGCCAGAUUAUCUUGCGCCAGAAUUGCUUCUUGGGCUUGGUCACACGACGGCAGUGGAUUGGUGGUCUCUCGGGGUUUGUCUGUUCGAGUUUUUGCUAGGAUAUCCGCCUUUUAAUGAUGAUACGCCACAAGCGAUCUUUAGAAAUAUAUUAAACCAUGACAUCCAAUGGCCACCUGAAGGGUUUUUAUCCCCUGAAGCUAAAGACUUGAUAACGAAGUUGCUCAAUCAAGAAUCUGAAAAGAGACCGACCGUUGCGGAAAUCAAAGCUCAUCCAUUCUUUAAGGGAAUCGAUUGGGAACAUAUUCGUCAACAGGAGGCACCUUUUGUACCAAACCCCGAAGAUGAGCAAGAUACGAGUUACUUUGAGGCUCGAAAUAAUCGCGCUGACAUCCGUCGGCUUUCUGCAGGUAACAUUGAUGACAUUGCGACUGGAAAAAUGAAUGUAACAACAGGAGAUGGUAAAUCAGUAAUGUUUGAUGAUGACGCUGAAGCUGCGUCGCAAGUGCCUAAUGGAAAUCUUCCCUCGCCCUUACUAUCAUCGUCCAUCACAGCUGAACCGGUAGAGAACAUUUCCUUAAAUUCUCCUACUUCGCCUUCAUCACCUCGUCACAAACCUGAUUUAACAAUUAACACUCAUCUUCACGGACGUCAAUCAUCCCUUAAGCAUGCUUCUUCGUCAACGCUGAAACCACCGGUCGAAGAAGCGCAAAUACCAAACAAGUCAGCUCAAAGGCGCAGACCAUCGCUCUUAAAGCUAACGGCAGGAAAAUCUAGAAAGCAAUCUAUUAGUGGUGUCUCCGAUGGUAACUCCAUGUCAACGUCGUCGUCGGUAUCUGGAACACCAACUACUUCUUCAACAACCUUACCAUUAUCAGCAUCAACGCUGGCAUCUCCUUCCUUUAACCCAUCGCGGCGUUCGACACUUGUUGGAUCGCCGACUACGUCUGAGUUAGAAACGAACAACGGUAUUUAUGAUCACGAAAAGUCAUACAUCGGAAGUCAGCAAAAGAAUAUUGGAGACUCGGAAUUUGACACCUUUGUAUAUAAGGGAGUUUCAUUUCUAGGCGAUGUCAACAGGGAUGUUUUGUCUUCGGGAAGUAAUAGCGGAAGUAACGGUAGUGGAAAUGGAGGUAGCUCAAUGAAAAGGCCGUCUAUUGCAGAUCUUACUGCUAAUUAA